AUGUAUGGCUGUCGAUGUUGGGUCCUGGUGGAUGAGUCGAUUGGCACAACUGUGCCUGAAGAAUGGAAACAAUCCAUGACUGUCGAUUUGUGUCUUUUGGAAGAGGCCGCCAUCCUGCCCAGAAGCAUUUUCCGUCGUGGUUAUCUGUACUUGCUUCUCCUGAAGACCAACCCAACCGGCCCACGAUAUAGAGUCGACAAAAUCUUCAUGACGCCCAGCUCCUGCUUGUCCUGA